CACGCGGGCUCCGCGGAGCGCCAUUGGCGGACUGUGCCGAGGGGGCGGGGCGGCGCGCGGCGAUUGGCGGAGCGGGGCGCUCCCCCCGCGGGGCGGGCGCUCCCCCCGCGCUCCGGCAGUGCGGGAGCGGCGCUGGGGCGAGCGCGGCGCCCGUUCCUCCCGGCCGGCCUCGCUCUCCUCCCUCCCCUUCUCCCCUCCCUCCGUUCCCUCCCUCGCCCUUCCCGCUCCGUUCCCGGCAGCGGGGGGGUCUCCAGGCCUCGGUGGAGGCGGCGAUGGGGAUGGCCGGGUUUUUGUCGCUGCGCUGCCCCGCCGGCUGCUGACGCCGCACCGCCCGGGUCCCGCGGACACCCCGCGCCAGAAAACGCCAAGAGGAAGGAUAACUUGGAAGGCUCUUGAUCACUUUCAGUUCCUUGAGUGUGCUCCCAGCAGCCAGGAUGUCGGGGGCUUCAGUGAAGGUGGCUGUUCGGGUCCGGCCCUUCAAUUCCCGAGAAACCAGCAAGGAGUCCAAAUGUAUCAUCCAGAUGCAAGGCAAUUCAACCAGUAUUAUCAACCCAAAGAAUCCUAAGGAAGCACCAAAGUCCUUCAGCUUUGACUACUCUUACUGGUCCCACACAUCGCCUGAAGAUCCCUGCUUUGCAUCUCAGAGCCGUGUGUACAAUGAUAUUGGGAAGGAGAUGCUCCUGCACGCCUUUGAGGGCUACAACGUGUGCAUCUUUGCCUAUGGCCAGACUGGAGCUGGGAAAUCCUACACCAUGAUGGGCAAGCAGGAGGAGAGCCAAGCAGGCAUCAUUCCCCAGCUAUGUGAAGAGCUGUUUGAGAAAAUCAAUGACAACAGCAAUGAGGAAAUGUCAUAUUCUGUAGAGGUGAGUUACAUGGAGAUUUACUGUGAGAGAGUCAGAGACUUGUUGAACCCGAAGAACAAAGGGAACUUGCGGGUGCGAGAACAUCCUCUCCUUGGACCCUACGUGGAAGACCUGUCCAAGUUAGCAGUCACAUCUUACACAGACAUUGCAGACCUCAUGGAUGCUGGGAACAAAGCCAGGACUGUGGCAGCCACCAACAUGAAUGAAACCAGCAGCCGCUCUCAUGCUGUGUUUACAAUUGUCUUUACUCAGAAGAAACAUGACACAGAAACUGACCUUUCCACGGAGAAGGUCAGCAAGAUCAGCCUGGUGGAUCUGGCUGGGAGUGAGCGAGCCGACUCCACCGGUGCCAAAGGAACGCGGCUAAAGGAAGGAGCAAAUAUAAACAAGUCUCUCACAACUCUGGGCAAAGUUAUUUCAGCAUUGGCUGAAGUGAGCAAAAAGAAGAAGAAGACAGACUUCAUACCCUACAGGGAUUCUGUACUAACGUGGCUUCUUCGAGAAAAUCUAGGUGGUAACUCCAGAACUGCAAUGGUCGCUGCUCUCAGUCCAGCAGACAUAAACUACGAUGAAACUUUGAGCACUUUAAGAUAUGCUGAUCGUGCAAAGCAGAUCAAAUGCAAUGCUGUUAUCAAUGAAGAUCCCAACGCCAAGCUGGUGCGGGAGCUGAAGGAGGAGGUGACAAGGCUCAAGGAUCUCCUGCGUGCUCAAGGGCUGGGAGAUAUUAUUGACAUUGAUCCAAUGGGAGAUGAAUACUCUGGAAGUGGAGGCAAAUAUCUGAAAGAUUUUCAGAACAAUAAGCAUAGAUACUUGCUAGCCUCCGAGAAUCAACGUCCUGGCAAUUUUUCCACAGCCUCCAUGGGGUCCCUCACUGCAUCUCCAUCCUCCUGCUCUCUCAGUAGUCAGGUGGGCUUAACAUCUGUGUCCAGUAUACAGGAAAGAAUCAUGUCAACACCUGGAGGAGAAGAGGCCAUUGAGCGUUUGAAGGAGUCUGAGAAGAUCAUUGCAGAGCUGAAUGAAACAUGGGAAGAGAAACUGAGGAAAACAGAGGCCAUUAGGAUGGAAAGGGAGGCAUUGUUGGCAGAAAUGGGUGUUGCCAUUCGGGAAGAUGGAGGAACACUGGGAGUCUUCUCACCCAAAAAGACUCCUCAUCUUGUAAACCUUAAUGAAGAUCCACUCAUGUCUGAAUGUCUGCUGUACUACAUCAAAGAUGGCAUUACAAGGGUUGGCCAGGCUGACGCAGAGCGGCGCCAGGACAUCGUGCUGAGCGGGGCUCACAUCAAGGAGGAGCACUGCGUCUUCCGCAGCGAGAGGAACAACAACGGGGAAGUUAUUGUAACUUUGGAGCCUUGUGAACGAUCAGAAACCUACGUGAAUGGCAAGAGGGUUGUGCAGCCUGUGCAGUUGCGCUCAGGAAAUCGUAUCAUCAUGGGUAAAAAUCAUGUCUUCAGAUUCAACCACCCAGAGCAAGCACGAGCAGAAAGAGAGAAAACACCAUCAGCUGAGACUCCCUCAGAGCCAGUUGACUGGACAUUUGCUCAGAGGGAGCUUCUGGAGAAGCAGGGCAUUGACAUGAAGCAGGAGAUGGAGAAAAGAUUACAAGAAAUGGAGAUCUUGUAUAAGAAAGAGAAGGAGGAAGCUGAUCUCUUGUUGGAGCAGCAAAGACUGGACUAUGAGAGCAAACUGCAGGCCCUGCAGAAGCAGGUGGAGACACGGUCCUUGGCAGCUGAAACAACAGAGGAGGAGGAAGAGGAGGAGGAGGAAGUGCCCUGGACACGCCAUGAAUACGAACUCGCCCAGUGGGCUUUCAGGAAGUGGAAAUUCCACCAGUUCACUUCCCUGAGGGACCAGCUCUGGGGAAAUGCAGUGUACCUGAAGGAAGCCAAUGCAAUCAGUGUAGAGUUAAAGAAAAAGGUGCAGUUCCAGUUCGUGCUGCUCACGGACACGCUGUACUCCCCGCUGCCCCCGGAGCUGCUGCCCGCGGAGCCGGAGAAGAGCCGGGAGCGCCGGCCUUUCCCCCGCACCGUGGUGGCCGUGGAGGUGCAGGACCUGAAGAACGGAGCGACGCACUACUGGUCCUUAGAAAAACUCAAGCAGCGGCUGGAGCUGAUGCGGGAGAUGUACGACCGCGCGGGGGAAGUGGCCUCCGGCAGCCAGGAGGAGCCCGAGGGCUCCAUGACGGGCAGCGACCCCUUCUACGACCGCUUCCACUGGUUCAAGCUCGUGGGCAGCUCCCCCAUUUUCCACGGCUGCGUCAACGAGCGCCUGGCCGAUCGCACGCCCUCCCCCACUUUCUCCACGGCCGACUCCGACAUCACUGAACUGGCAGAUGAGCAGCAGGAUGAGAUGGAGGACUUUGAUGAUGAGGCCUUUGUGGAUGACACUGGCUCCGACGCUGGGACCGAGGAGGGAUCGGAUCUCUUCAAUGAUGGGCGCGACCCGUUUUACGACCGAUCCCCUUGGUUCAUUUUAGUGGGAAGAGCAUUCGUGUACCUGAGCAACCUGCUGUACCCAGUGCCCCUGAUCCACAGGGCGGCCGUGGUCAGCGAGAAGGGCGAGGUGCGGGGCUUCCUGCGCGUGGCUGUGCAGGCCAUAGCAGCUGAUGAAGAAGCCCCAGAUUAUGGGUCUGGUAUUCGACAGUCUGGGACAGCUAAAAUUUCAUUUGACAAUGAGUAUUUUGAUAAGAGUGAUUUUUCUUCAGUUGCGAUGACUCGGUCUGGUCUGUCACUGGAGGAGUUAAGGAUUGUGGAAGGGCAAGGACAGAAUUCAGAGGUUACCACUCCUCCAGAGGAGAUCAACAGAAUGAAUGAGCUGGACUUGAAGUCAGCCACUUUGGAUGGAAAGAUGACUAUGGAAGGAUUCACUGAGGAAAUUGGUGAUCACCUGAAGCUGGGCAGUGUGUUUACCUUCCGUGUGACAGUGCUUCAGGCCAGUGGCAUCCUGCCCGAAUAUGCAGACAUUUUCUGCCAGUUCAACUUUUUACAUCGACAUGAUGAAGCUUUCUCCACAGAACCUCUCAAAAACAAUGGCAGAGGGACUCCCCUUGGGUUUUACCAUGUUCAGAAUAUUGCUGUGGAAGUGACAGAAUCGUUUGUGGAGUACAUCAAAACAAAGCCUAUUGUCUUUGAAGUCUUUGGACAUUAUCAGCAGCAUCCUCUCCACCUGCAAGGACAGGAUCUCAACAGCCCUCCACAGCCUUCUCGAAGAUUCUUUCCUCCCCCUAUGCCACUGUCAAAGCCAGUGCCAGCUACAAAGCUGAAUACUAUGAGCAAGCCCAGCUUGGGCCAGAGUGUGAGCAAAUACGACCUCCUGGUGUGGUUUGAGAUCAGUGAACUGGAGCCAACGGGGGAGUACAUCCCUGCCAUCGUGGAUCACACCGCGGGCCUGCCCUGCCAGGGCACCUUUCUGCUGCACCAGGGAAUCCAGAGGAGAAUCACAGUCACCAUCAUCCAUGAGAAGGGCAGUGAGCUGCACUGGAAAGAUGUGCGAGAGCUCGUGGUUGGGCGUAUAAGAAACAAAGCAGAGGUAGAUGAAGCUGCUGUGGAUGCCAUUCUGUCUUUGAAUAUUAUCUCUGCAAAAUACCUGAAGUCCUCUCACAGCUCCAACAGGACUUUCUACCGGUUCGAGGCCGUUUGGGAUAGUUCCUUGCACAACUCCCUCCUCCUCAAUCGAGUGACACCGUAUGGAGAGAAGAUCUACAUGACCCUUUCUGCCUACCUGGAGCUCGACCACUGCAUCCAGCCUGCUGUGAUCACAAAGGAUGUCUGCAUGGUGUUCUACUCCCGGGACGCCAAGAUCUCGCCGCCGCGCUCCCUGCGCAGCCUCUUUGGCAGCGGCUACUCCAAGUCCCCAGACUCCAAUCGAGUAACUGGGAUCUAUGAACUGAGUUUAUGCAAAAUGUCAGACACAGGAAGUCCAGGAAUGCAGAGGAGGAGGAGGAAAGUCCUGGAUACUUCUGUGGCAUAUGUGAGAGGAGAAGAGAACCUGGCAGGUUGGAGGCCCAGGGGUGACAGCCUCAUUCUAGAGCAUCAGUGGGAACUGGAGAAACUGGAACUGCUGCAUGAGGUGGAAAAAACCCGACAUUUUCUUCUGCUUCGUGAGAAGCUUGGUGACAGCAUCCCCAAGUCCCUGAGUGACUCGUUGUCUCCCAGCCUGAGCAGUGGAACCCUCAGCACCUCCACCAGCAUCUCCUCCCAGAUUUCAACCACGACCUUCGAGAGCGCGGUGACGCCCAGCGAGAGCAGCGGCUACGACUCCGCGGACAUCGAGAGCCUGGUGGACCGGGAGAAGGAGCUGGCCACCAAGUGUCUGCAGCUUCUUACUCAUACCUUCAAUCGGGAAUUCAACCAGGUGUACAACAGCAUCAGCGACUGUAAGCUCUCGGACAUUUCCCCGCUUGGGCGGGACCCGUCCGUGUCCAGUUUCAGCAGUGCCACCCUCACCCCUUCAUCCACCUGCCCUUCCCUGGUGGACUCCAGGUGCAACUCAGUUGAUCAGAAGACACCAGAAGCAAACUCUCGUGCCUCCAGUCCCUGUCAUGAGGUGGAGCAGUUCCAGAUAAUUCCUGCAGUAGAAACUUCCUACCUUGCCAGAGCUGGAAAGAACGAGUUCCUAAACCUGGUUCCUGAUAUUGAGGAAAUCAGACCAGGCUCUGUGGUGUCAAAGAAAGGAUACCUCCACUUCAAGGAGCCACUCUCCAGCUCCUGGGCCAAGCACUUCGUGGUGGUUCGCCGUCCCUAUGUUUUUAUUUACAACAGUGACAAAGAUCCUGUAGAAAGAGGACUCAUAAACUUAUCCACAGCUCAGGUGGAAUACAGCGAGGAUCAGCAGGCCAUGGUGAAGACACCCAACACGUUUGGCGUGUGCACGAAGCACCGCGGGGUCCUGCUGCAGGCCAUCAAUGACAAGGACAUGAACGACUGGCUGUACGCCUUCAAUCCGCUCCUGGCCGGCACGAUCCGGUCAAAGCUGGCUCGGAGGCGCACGGGCCAGAUGAAGUUCUGAGUCCAUGAAAUGUUCUCACUGUCCUCCCCACUCACCUCCCCACUGAUAGUGUUACCUCUCAUUUUCUCUUCGUGAUUCUUGACGGUUUCUCUUGUAUGUAAUCCUGUGGCUUAACAUCCCCCCCUUCCCCACUCCUUCAGCACAUUUUCUAGGUAUUCCAACCCUACCUUGUUUCUUUUCACCUGUACCUGAAUUGUACUAGUAGCAUGUGGCCAAACAAAAAGAGAAAGAAAAAAAAAAUCAAAAAAAGCGAGUGAAUAUGCACGACUCUAAAAAGAAAAAAAAAAUUUCCUAUAACAAUUGUUUUCCCAUUUCAACUGACCUUUUGGUGUCUGUCCCACUGUCCACUGUCUGUCUGGACUGCUACAGGGUUUUCAUUCAAUUUGUGACUUGGCAGUGGUCAUUGGUUCCCUCAGGGCAAAGUUCCAACGCCAGGGAAAGAUAAAUUGUGUAAUGGAGACGUUACCCAGCCAGGAACUGCAAUAGCUCCUCAGGCUUUCUGGAUCCAGCCUCGAAGUUAAACUCUGCUGAAAGCUGACAUUGGACAAAUCUAUCUGGACAGACUGGAUUUUGGACUUUGUGCAAGUUUCUGAGUUUCCAGGGUCCAGCAGGCUAAGGCAUGAGCUGGGAAAAGUUAGGGAACAAACCAGGAGGGGCUGGCAGAACAAUCUGCCUUUAAACUCCUGCUGUGGGGGUUGCAGGUGAACAGUGCUUGGGUUUAACUCUUUCCCAGAAGAGUUUCCAUCCACAUGCACUCCUCAGCCUCUGAACUGGGCUGAGCAGACUGUGCUGGCAUGAGGGGAAAUAGACCACAGACUGAAAUGUGAGAGAAAAUCCCAAGAAUUUCAGAUGCUCAAGCCAGGUAUUUGACAGAUGGGGAGUGUUAAAUGGAAAUGAAGGUGCAGUUGGUCCCUGGAUCACCAUGGAGGGCAGAUCCCCUCUUCCUGCUGUUAGUCCUGACUUCAUGUUCUGCAGGAACAGUUCUCACCUCCCUUGGCUGUGUCAGGGUAGCAGCUGUGCAGCACUGAUCCCAAGAGCCUGUUUGUGCAUCCCUGACCUGCAAUGCUCCCGUGCCACCCCAGCUGUCCCUGGCAGCACCCAGGGUCUGUGGAACACUUCCCGGGCCCAGCACCUGCAGUGUUCUCCAGGGAGCUGCAGGGCACUUUCAAUUCCUUUUGAAACAACUGCUGAGUGUCUCCUCAUUUCCCUGCUGCAAUUCUCAUCAGCUAAACCCCACUGCAUUCAGUUAACCCUUCUGGAGAACAGAGCAAGUGGAUCUGGUCCUGGUCAGUGGAAUGUCAUGAUUGGCUUCGUGGACAUCAGCUGGGUGGUGUCAGUUCUUGACCUGCAGUGUAAGUUCUUGUGGCCAAAGCUUUGGUCCUUGCCCCAGGAAAGAAGAGCAGAAUGAAUUUCCUUUGGGGGAAGUGAACUCCUGUCUCUCAGUCAGGUGUUGGGGGUGUUGUGUGCUCUUUCCUGCUGUGUUAUCCUUCCUUGCUGCACCCAGGGCACUGAUGGGGCUGGCUCUGGUCCUGGGCAGUGUAAAGGGAUUUCUCCUGGAGCCCCAGCCUCGCCAGGGACAGGUGAAAGGCUUUGUCCCUCUCCUGCAGUGGCACAGCAGGCUCAUUUGGGGGCAGGCCACGGGACUGGAAUCUGCUGAGGAAGGGCUUUGCUUUGUGGGUUCGUGUUCAGAGCAGGGCAGUGCAGUGAGAACUCCUAGCAGGAGGAGGGCAAAGGAGCAGGGAGAUGGAGGCUGACCAUACCUUCACAUAUCUCGAGGUAGUUCUCAGCAGCUCACAUGCUCAUGCUGUCUCUGGUCCUCAGAUUUAUUUCAGAACUGGAAGCCAGAGUGAGGGAGCAUCCUGGGGACCCAGGAACAUCAUAGUGACAGGGUUUGGGUUUUUUUUUUUCCUUCUGUUUUUGUCUUGUUUAACUGUGUGUGACUCUUGAUACAGUGGUGAUAUUCCUUUGUUAUGCAAUGAUGAUAAAGCACUUCCAGUGUGUGGAUAAAACUGCUUGUCCUGCAGGAGGGCUCCUCACACUGCAGCUAAGCUGAUCUCAAGAAUUAGGUUAAUUCUAAGCAUUAAGUUAUUGCUGCCAUCACCACUGUUCAUAAUGACAGUGGAACCUGUUUGAGGAGGCAGAGUGAUUGAGGUGGUGGAAGGUUGUGACACACUGAGAGCAUUUUAACUUUUAUCUGUUUCUUUUUUUUUAACUAGAAGAAAACUAGUUUUCUAAGUCUUUGCUUUGGAUAAGCCAGAGAAUGAACCAAGUGGUUAUAGGCAUUGCACAGAAUCAUGAUUAAGAGAUCUUCCUUUAAAAGCAGGAAGAGACAGAUGCUUAUUUUAUAGAGAGCUUGAAGUGUUGCAUAAAUGUCACUCUUCUAUCUUAAAACUCCAAGCAAAUUCUGGAGACUUGAGGUCUGAGUGGAUAGUGGAUCAUGAGCACAGCAAAAGUCUGGUUUUAAGCACCAGCAUCUCUUGAAGCUGCAUAAUCUGUAACAAACUGGGUCCUUGUUGUGUGGAGUUCAAAUGGGCAUUUCUGUUUUCAGGUCUGACAUAAAGGCAGACAAAGUUCUUCUGCAAUUACUGAAGCCUGCUAUGAGACAUUUGGGUUUCCCUACUUAAAACUGGACUGAGACCAGCCCAAGUUUUCUUUAAAGAGAUAACAAACCAAACAAAUAAACAAAUAUAAAAAGUGAAUUUCCAUUCAUUUCAAAGCUUAGCCCAACAUGUUAGAAAUUUCUUUUUGGAAGCAGAAUGAGGAAGGAAAAAUAUGCUAAGUUGCCUUCUGCUGACACUCCAGAGGCCGUUCUUGGUUACCUGCUGUGUGUGUGAGUCCAGAGUCAGCCAGCUCUGGGGCUCAGCCUCUCCAGGUGAGACAGCCUGCUGUGGGCCUGCCAGCCCGCGGGGACACGCAGCAGCAGGGAGCUUGGUGGCAUUCCCUGGAGGAGCGGGGCAGACUGGGCUGUGUUUGGGAUUUUAUGCUCCUCGCCAAAAGGAAGGAGAAAACUGUCCUUUUUGUACAUUGGAAAUCAUGUUGGAUCCUCCUGGGCAUUGUAAAAUGAAGCUAAACCUCCUAUGCUGUGAUUUAGAAAUGCACUUGAAGUACCUUUUUAAAGAGGAUUCUGUAUUCUGGGAAUACAGAGGAGAAGGGAGUACUGUGUCCAGAGAGUGUGAUUUCCAGACUGCCAGGAAAAGGUUUUUGUGUCAAUGUCUAAUAGUCCUUCUUACUGAUUAAUGGUAUUUCAAAGCAAAGACUUUACUUUUUGCUGCUUGUUAUCUAAUUUACAGGGAUUUAAUUUUAUGUAAUGUAUUGUAUAUUUAUACAUCUGUAAUUAAUUGCACAUUAGAUAAGAAAGAGGAUUAGCUUCGGUCUAACAGCCACUGGUACUAAACUGCCUGUGCACGUGGGUCUGCCUGGACUCCUGCCCAGCAGAGCUGGUGCUGUGCUGGGUGUUGUGCUGAGGAUGCAGCUCUGACCUGCUGGAGGAAGGCUCCUGCUGCUGUCCCCGCAGCGGCUCCGAGCGCGCGUGGUCUCUCCGUGUAGUCACUGACCCAGUCUGUGCUCUGGCUGUAGUGUCUGUAGCAGGAUCUCUUAACUUCGUGCUUCCUUGUUUCAAAACAUCAGCUGCUCAAGAGCAGGACUGACUUUUGUUCAGAAGGCCAUUUAUGUGUUCCGUGUAUUUGAAGUCAAAACUAGUCCAACACUAAGCAGAUGGUUGUGUCCAAUGUCACUGGGAACAGGACUCAAACUGCUGGGGUCAGCUGUGUAUUCAGAAAACUGGUGUGGAGCUCCUGAGUGUUCAGUUCUUGAUGUUGCCAGGGGAAGGGGCUGCCCUGAGCAGGGCUGAAUUCACCUCCUGCUUGCCUGGGAACCAGGGACUGCAAGCAGAGGGAGUCUUGCACGAUCAGCACUUGCCGGGAUCAGGUCUGAGUUUCCCACUUUGCUUGUUCAUAUUUCAUGUGCAGUUGGUCAUGGCUCCCGAAUUUGGACAUCAGACAUCCCUUGGAAUUGCGGUCCCCACGUCCCUGUUAAUCUCUGUACACAAGGUACACAAGGUAAAUGCUGUAUAAGUGGCCUUCUUGAACAAAUCUCUUUGCAAACUGACUUCAUCCCAGCGAAGGAGUGUAUCAGCAACACUGUACAUUAAUUUCAGGUUUUCAUUUUCUUAUUUUAUUUUGUAAAUAUAUCCGAUAUUUGGAGCUUGAGUAUACAAAAUGUAAAUAUAGUUCAUGUAUUUGUACUAAUUCUGAUCCAUUUGCUGUAUAGCCUUAGGUGUGCAAUGCAGAUAUCUAACUGUGUAUGGUAACCUUGCACCACUGAAUUGUUAGUGAACGAGGUGAAACAAUAAAGGUACAACCAGUGCAUUA